AGUCUGGCGGUAGCGCCGGUCUGCGGUAGGCGCGAGAACGCGCGGGGCGGCGCGGGUCCGGGCAUGAAGCUGAGCCGGGCCGCACUGGGCCUGGUGCUGCUGGCGCCGUUGGCGGUGCGGGCGGUGGAGCCCAUCAGCCUGGGACUGGCCCUGGCCGGCGUCCUCACCGGCUACAUCUCCUACCCGCGCCUCUACUGCCUGUUCGCCGAGUGCUGCAGCCAGAAGCAGAGCCUCAGCCGAGACGCGCUGCAGAAGGAUCUGGACAGCAAGCUCUUUGGACAGCAUCUUGCAAAGAAAGUCAUCUUAAAUGCUGUGUCUGGCUUCAUAAGCAACCCGAAGCCCAAGAAACCUCUCACCCUCUCCCUACACGGGUGGACGGGCACCGGCAAAAAUUUUGUCAGCAAGAUCAUCGCAGAGAAUAUUUACGAGGGUGGUCUGAACAGUGACUACGUCCACCUGUUUGUGGCCACACUGCACUUCCCUCACGUCUCCAACAUCACCCUGUAUAAGGAUCAGUUACAGUCGUGGAUUCGCGGCAACGUGAGUGCCUGUGCGAGGUCCAUCUUCAUAUUUGAUGAGAUGGACAAGAUGCAUGCUGGCCUCAUAGAUGCCAUCAAGCCUUACCUAGACUAUUAUGACAACUUGGAUGGGGUCUCCUAUCAGAAAGCCAUCUUCGUAUUUCUCAGCAAUGCUGGAGCAGAAAGGAUCACAGACGUGGCUUUAGAUUUCUGGAGAAGUGGAAAGCAGAGGGAAGAAAUCAAGCUCAGAGACAUGGAGCAUGCCUUGUCUGUGUCGGCCUUCAAUAACAAGAACACGGUGCUUCAAUAGCCUGAAGCACUUUCCAGAGAGGUUUUGCAGAAUUUAAACACCCCCCUCGGGCACCCGACCACCAGAUCAACUGAAACCUAGGGGACGGUGAUGAUAACAUUUUCUGACCCUCGUGACUUCAAUCACCUAAAGCUUGGACGCGGUUGACCUCUGCCCCAAUUCUAUGCUGAAUUCUCCUCUGCUCAAGCCCCUCUAUGAAUAUGCAUAUAUCCUCAGCUUAAAACUUCCCCAAUUUUGCUGUUAACAGACACUGCUUUGGGAAAGAUCCCCGGUGUUCGCCUUACUUGCUGCAAGGAAUAAAUCCUUCCUUCUCCCCAUCUUUGGCUUCGUGUGUCUUUUGGCUCAAAACCCACCGAGAGGCGAACCCAGUUUUCAGGUAACAAGACUGACACUGCUGUCCCUCUGGGCAGGUCCAAGUUUGGAGUGGGCACCGGAGACUGAUUUUUCCCUCUUCCCCACUUCCCCAGGGUGCCCCUGCAAGCAGGAGCAAGCCGUGUUGGCAAAACUAAAGGGAUAAGAUCCCUGCCUCUACCGAGGUCCCACCCCAAACCUGGGGAAGGGCGCCAAGGGGAGGGGAGGACACAACUGGGUGAGGAUUUUGAAGCAAGGGAUUCAAAGGGAUCACAAGCCGUUGAUGCUUUCUAUCGAAGAGCUGGCUCUUUGGGGAAGUUCCUGUAAUGAACAAUGAAACCAUUUGCCUGGGAGUCUCCUGGAAAAGUAAAGUGAUACUAAAAAAGGCAGUAGAUCACUGUGCUGGUUUCCUACAGUUGCUGUAACAAAUUAACACAAAUUUAGUGGCAUAAAACAACACACAUCUGCUAUCUCACAGUUCUGGAGGCCAGAAGUCCGAAAUCAAUUUCGGUGGGCUGAAGUCGAGGUAUCCACAAGGCUGGUUCCGGGGGAGAACUUGUCUCCUUGUCUUGUCCAGCUCCUAGAGGCCACCUGCGUUUUCUGGUGCACCUUCCUUUCACCUUCAAGGCUAGCAGUGUAGCAUCUUCUCUCCUCUCUGACCUCUACUGUCUUCACAUCUUUUCUCCCCCUAAUUCUUACCGCCUCUCUCUUAGGAGGACCCUUCUGAUUCAACUGCAUUCACAGAGAAUCCAGGAUAAUCUCUCCAUUUUAAGACCUUUACUUAGUCCUUGCAAAGGCCCUUUGCCAUGUUCUGUAACAUAUUCACAGGCUCUGGAGAUCGGGAUGUAGACAUCUUUUGGGGUGGGGGAGGAGCAGUAUUCAGCAAAGUCACAUCAGUGCAGGUCUGGCUGUGGCUCAAGUGUCCAGGCUGAAUGUGGGGACAGAUAGCUUGGUUCUCACACCCUGACCCUCAGGGCCGUGGCCACAGAUCAGUGACUCUGCCACCUGUGGAGGUCCUGCCAGGCUCCUGGCUUUGUUGCACGUCCUGAAGACAGGCACUGCCAUAC